GUUUCGGUCCCCAGUCUCCACGGGUCAACUUACGCUACAACACCGCGACAAUGGCGACCAAACUAUCUCUACAUCAACAACCAGAUGGAACCUCGCAACAAACCACGAUAAUCUCAAACACGAGAGGAAAAUAAAACGGCUAUCCAACAUGUCGAGCCUAGUUAUUUUAGAUUCGGAUAAACAAGAAACAGCAGACAUAGAUGCUCGUCUCAAAAGUGAUGGAUAUAGCACCACUAUCCCAGUAGAGCACAAAUUACGGUACAUAUGGCGCCAGUUGACAAGGGCCGAAUCAAGCCUGAAAUCCUCACUGGACAGCGUGGAGCAGUUACGCAAACAACAUGCAGAGGAAAUGAUCGAAGUGGAGAAUUAUGUCUCCCAUAUACGUCAGCUCUCAGACGAACGGGAGGCUCUCACGCAGGACACGGAGGCAGAAAAUGAUCAGCUGAAAGCAGAAUUGCAGCAAAUGAAAAUGGAUCAAAUAGCUGGCACUGUGGUAUCUGAAGGGAUCUGUGACAUGUUAAUGGAGGCCGGGCUUACUCAGGUUGCCAAGGAUACUAACUCUGUCAAGAAUCAAAUCAGUUUUUUGCUGAAGGAGAGAGUUGGAAAUAAGGAAACCAUCAGGAAACUUGAAAAAGAGAAGGAUUUGUUUCAAAAAGAGGCAUCAUCUGGGCAGGCUAACAAGAAAGCCAUGGAGAUGGUAGAGGCAGAGCGCCGUGAGAUGGAGGAGGAGAUGAAUCGCAUGCGCAAGUCAACCCAACAGGUGAAGCUGGAAAUGAGCAAGAUGCACGAAAAACAGCUGGAGGAAGUGACAAAUGAAAAAAACAAGCUGAACUUGGAGAUCCAGAAAAUGCAAAAACAACACAAUGAUGACAUGGCAGAGCUUAUCAAGAGAUUUGAAGAUGAGAAAAUGAAACUGGAUGAGGCUAGAGAGAGUGAAAAAGCCAAAACUACACAGCAUCUGACAAAAGCUGAGAGGGUUCUCAGUGAAAUGGAGGAAAUCAAACUGAAAAUGAAAGCUAUUGAACAGGAAAAACUAUCCCUACAAACAACUGUAAAGUCUUUAGAAGAUGAAAUCAAAAAAGAGAAAGAACAGCUGAAAAAGAACAAAGUGGCACAAGAUGAACAGGGGAAAAAACUGAAGAUGGAAGUGUCAAUGACCAGACAAAAGCUCCAGGAAGCCGAGGCAAAAAUCCGGUCUUUACAAGAAGAGUGUAAAAAUUUGGAGUCACAAUUGAAUAUGGCCAACACUGACUUGAAGAACAUCAGAGAAAAGGAAUUUAAGCUUAACUCGGAAAAGGAAAAUCUAUUAACUGAAGGAAAAACCAGUAGUCAGAAACUUCAGUCAAAAAUCAACACCCUGACGGAUGAAAACAAUAGCUUAAAGGUGCGGCUCAAGACAACUGAUGGGACCAUAGAGCGGCAGAUCCAGCAAGUUGAGAGCCUUACUGUCCAACUAGCAGAGUCAGAACGGAUGCUUCGAGACAAAGAGGAAGAUAUGGAGGAUCUUGAUAAGAACUCUAAGAAUGAGAUAAAUUCACUAAAGGCAAAAUUAGCAAAGGCAAAUGAUGAACUCUCUGACUUACGAGAUGAGCUGUCAGAGACUAAGCAAGGCUACGAAAAGGUCAUGCAAAAGGCCAAGCAAGAGGCGUCUUUGUUCAAAGAGAAACUCAAUGAGGAAACAGGAAGGAGUCGAGAUGUUGAAGGAGACAGAGCACUUCUGAAAGCUCAGAUAGCAGACCUUCGCAAGGACUUGGAGGCAUCUUUAGCGGCCAGCAUGAGCCGAGAAAAGGAGACUAUGGAACAAGUUUCAUCUCUACAGGCUGAGAAGGACAACCUUGCAAGGGAGCUUGCUGCCUACAUCACCAGAGAGAAGAACUUGGCCAGACAAAGUGAUGAUCUAUCACUACAAGUCCAGACACUGGAUGCAGAAAAACGUUCAUUACAAUCUCUUGUCAGCUCCCAGGAAAAGCAAGUUGCAGAUCUCUCUGUCAAGCUUGAGAAGUCAAGUGAGCGGUGCAGGCUGAUGGAACAACAGUUGCAGAUGGAGCAGAGCAAAAGCACAGAGUUAACUACCAAGUUCCAGUACAGCUCCCAGAGCAGCUCCUCUGCGAAGCAGGAGGCAGAUGCCCUGAAAGAUGAGGUGAAAGCGCUGACACAGCAGCUCUUACGGCAGCAUGAUGCUUCUCUCGACAGUAGGUCCAAGUACGAAAAGCUUAUCAUGAACAUUCGUGGUGAGAUGGAGCGUGAGCGAGAGAAGAUGUCGUCAGAGAGACACACACUGGCAAGUCAGCUUGAACAGGCAACUCGAGAAAACAAAGACCUCAACUCACUCCUUAGGAACAGAGAUGAGGAACUGAGCAGUCUCCGCCAAGAGCUGUCCAAUGUGAGCACGACUGGAACCAAGGCCUCCACUGCGCUGGAGUUCGAGAGUAAGAUCCGUGGAAGCCUGGAGGCGAGGACAAAUCACUUGGAGUCCGAACUCACGAGAGCCUGGGAGCAUAACAAGGAGUUGACGACAGCAGUGAGCAACCUUGAGGCGAACAAGAGGCACUUGGAAGUCGAGCUGGAUAGGAAAACCCAGCAGGUCCGGCAGGCGGAGAGUACCCUGCAACGUCGACAGGCCGAGCACACCGCCCUAGUGGUCAGCAAAGAUACAGCCCAACAACAGGCAGACGAAGCCGAGGCCAAGCUGGCGGCACUUCGCAAAGAAUACGAGAAUGUGAUUGGCGAGCUAGAGAAAACCCAGGCGGACUUGAAAACAGCGAGCGAACAACUGAUGGAGAUGCACAUGAAGAACGAGGAGAACGACAAACUGAGGGGCCAUCUGCAGGAGGAGGAGGCAAUCAAGGGAAUCCAGCAGCAGACAGUACAAGAGCUGGAGCGGCAAGUUGGCCUGCUUCAGGAACGAAACAACGCCCUUCAGCGCACUGUUAAGGAACACGAGACCCUCAUGGAUAAGCUGAAACAAAAGAUCGUCAGAUCCACGGACCAGCAAAAAGAGAAAGAAAAUGAGACAAAGACGCUAGCAGAACGGAUGAACGAAGUUUUCCAAGAAAACGAAAUGCUUAGAAAGGAGUUAAUAGCAGCGGCAGAUCGGAUCGAUAACCUGCAACGGCGCAGCGACGAGAAGAAAACCAAAACGCAAGCGAAAGUACAAGCCCUCAGGGAUCAUUUCGCCCGCGAGAAGCGCAGUCUCGAAUCAACGGUGUUGAGCCUGCAGAGUCGACUCGAGUUGAGCCUGGAGCGGGUUGUGAAGGAGGAGGAAUGGGAAAAUACCACGGCUACCACCAUCAAGACCCUGCAGCAGGAACGAGCUGACCUGCUUACAAGGUUAACGGACGGCGAGGAGCUUAUACGCGAGUACCAACGUCAAACGCGCCAGAGCGAGGCUCGGGCGGCCAUGUUAGACAAAGAGAACAUUGAGCUUCAGAGCAGAAUCAACGUGCUGCUGCGAGACAAGAGCGAGCUAAGCCGCCAGCUCACCACUAAAAACAGGUCGCUUGUCACCAGUCCUUUGAACAGCCCACAACAGAAUGGCCCAAUUGACUCGCAAAUUCUGAUGAGUGCAUUAGCGCGCCUCCACCAGCCCGAACUGGAUCGGACCCUCUCCUCCCCUGACCUCUACUCCCCAGAGGACAGGUCCCCCCUGAACAGAUCCAUCAACCCGACACUCAACAUGAACAAUAACUACAUCAGUCCUGAACGGCGCACGCCUCUCUCACGUUCCACAGGGAGCGGCAGUGGCCCAACAGGCUCUGGGGGUAGACUUGGUUUGAGCACUCGGUCACAGAGCUGACAGCCAGUACAGGAAUACAAACUUGUGUUAGGUUUAUAAUCCUUUAGUUUAUCAGAGACGUUAGCCAGGCAAGAGAGUAGAAGUCUGAGGCCCCUUUAACACUUUGCUGGCCUUAUUUUUGACCUCUCAAAAUUCGUAAUUAUUUCUCGUUCACAUUGAACCGUGCAAAUUUUUCGCAAUUCACACGGGUCUCAUUCAGUUUAGGUUUCUCUUUUUUCGUCCAGCGUUCCAGCUAGGGCAAGUCCCGUCGAAAAUUCGACUGGCCUAAAACUCUUAUAGAAAGUUUGGCUUGGCUUUUGGCAGACUCUGGUCUUACGGCUUUGGAUUCAGAAACCUUUAUAUCCUGGUGUUCAAGCAAUUUUCUUCCUGUUUAUAGUAUUCUCCUUGCAAAGCUUUCUGUAUCAACCAAUGACACAAAAGAAAGCUUUGCGAGGAGAUUGAUUCAAAGAGAAUCUAACCAAAAGUAUGGAGUGAUAAUAUUUAUUAUUGUGUGUAUUUUGAGUGCUAUUUUAAUUUAUAAUCGUGUGAAAGUACAAACGUUUUAUAUAUUUAAGCAUUCGCUUACAGAUUUAUAAUUAUGGCAUAGCUAUUGAAUUAUUUUGUACAGCUAAAGAACAAUAAAUACAUAUAUAAGUUUUUAUACCAAAUUCCAAGGUAUUUUCCCAAUAAAAUAUUUCUUUCAUAGAA